UUCGUAAACACAGCACAAGUGGAUCUGUCCGAGCAUGGUCGCUGAGCCUUCGGGGGACGUCCUGUGGUGUUUGGAAUUCUAACACUGAAUGUCGGCGUGGGGCAUCUGAGGAGCAGGCCUGUUGCAGCGCAUUGACCAAAUUGUCACCUGCAGUUAUCAGCUUUUGGAGAUCUUUGAGGAAUUGUUGGAGAACCAGGCUACCAUUGAUCUACCGAUGAGACAGCCAGCGGGGAAUAUCUCUGACAUGUAGGGGUGUAAUUGUUCCAACAAAGUAGGUCAUGCAUUGCGAAUGUCCUUUAUCCAUGACAAUAAAGACUCAAACAAACAUGAAUGGCGAUGGCAGCCAAAAGCUUUUUGUGUCAACCUUCAGGAUGCACAUCAAGCCCCCGAAUGCAUUGUCUGCACAAACAAGUCGGCUUAGAAUCAUCGAUUCCCGGACCCCGGUUAAAUGCUCAGAAACAGAGUUUCGUUUAAAAAGUCUGGAGCCCCCCGUCUUCAUACAGCCCUUGGAGGACUGCUGUGUGGAUGAAGGAAGUGAUAUUGUGGUGAGAGGCGUUGUUAAAGGGAGUCAACCCAUCACAGUGAUGUGGCUACACAAUGGGGAAGCAGCCCAUUUUGGGAAAGCUUGCUUUGAUGGCAGAGAGGUGAAAUUCGUUGUGAGAGAAUGUCUGCCUGAAGAUGCUGGGGCCUAUACAUGCCUGGUGGAAAACAGUGCGGGGAAGAAGUCCUGCAGCGCGGCUGUAUGCGUCCGAGACUUUGAAACUAAAUUUAGUGGUUUGAAGUUCCCCAUUUCACCAUCUAAGAGCAUUGAGGCCAACGGAAAGUCAUCACCGACUCGCAAUGAGUUGCAGAAAUUCAAAGGAUCCACCUGCAGCUCACCUGUAAGCCCUGACAGGCAGAGCCCAGUGUCGUCACCAAGAGUCAUCCCAAAGAAGAGAGCCAACUCAGCAACAGGCCCUGUAUUACAUUUCACAAAUCCACCACAACACCUGGAGGUGAAGGCCGGGCAAACUGCCAAGCUGUCGUGCUCUUUCAGAGGAAGCCCCCCUGUCGCGUCCUGCUGGAUCAGAAACAAGGAGGAGCAGGUAGUGGAUGGUACAGAUCUGUGGACGGAGAAUACAGAUGAGAGCACCACCUUAGUUAUUGCAAAUGCUGAACCGCAGCACACGGGUCGCUACACUGUGGUGCUGAAGGACCGCAAAAGCUCAGCUCAACACACACUUACCCUUGCUGUCAUUGAGAGACCUGAGCCCCCGGCUUCGUGCCCUGUGGUCUCCCUCCUGUCUGAGUCUAGUCUGGUGCUGUCCUGGUCGGGCCCUUGUUACGACGGCGGCAGUGCCAUAGUGGGUUAUGUGGUUGAGGUGAAUAACCAAGGAUGUGCUGAGAACUGGGUUGAGCUCACUGACCAGUGUGAGAGCACUUCGUACAUAGUGUGCGCCGGGCUCCAACCGAAUCACGAGUACUGCUUCAGAGUGAGGGCCUUCAACCCUGCGGGGGUGAGCGAGCCCAGCCCGGUUUCAUCAGCAGUUAGGAUGGAACAGAAAGAUUGUGAGAAGCCAGACGACCCUAGUCCAGAGUAUACACUCGUCACUAUAGACUCAACUCAUAAAGUCACAGAUCACUACAUUCUGCAAGAGAAGUUGGGGAUGGGGAAAUUUGGCCUGGUGUUCAAGCUCACCCACAAAGAGACGGGCCACGUGUGUGCUGGGAAAUUCUAUAAAGGACGCCGAGCUGCAGAAAGAGAGGCUGCACGCAGAGAGAUCGAGCUGAUGAACCACCUCCAUCAUCCCAAGCUGGUUCAGUGUUUGGCUGCUUAUGAUCACAAACCUGAGAUGGUCAUGGUUAUGGAGUUCAUCCCAGGCGGGGAAUUGUUUGAGCGUAUUGUUGAUGACAACUUUGAACACACUGAGCUGGCCAGCGUGCGCUACAUGCAGCAGAUUCUGGAGGGGGUCGCCUACAUUCAUCAGCAGAAAAUUGUUCACCUGGACCUCAAGCCUGAAAACAUUGUGUGUGUCGACACCAACGGUCACUCCAUUAAGAUCAUUGAUUUUGGAUUAGCUAGCAAGAUCGAUGAUAAGACACCUCUGAAGGUGAUGCAUGGAACUCCCGAGUUUGUUGCACCUGAAGUUAUCAACUAUGAGCCUGUGCAUUUGGCCACUGACAUGUGGAGCGUUGGAGUUAUCUGCUACAUCCUGCUCAGUGGAGAGUCUCCUUUCCAAGGAGAAAGUGAUGCAGAGACUCUGGCCCUGGUCACAUCAGCUCAGUGGGAAUUUGAUGAAGAGAGCUUUAGCGAUAUAACCGAAGAGGCCAAACAUUUCAUCAGCUCCCUGCUUGUCAAAGUCCCCAGGCGACGGAUGUCCUGUGAAGAAGCCCUCGCUCAUCCCUGGAUCGCUGCUUUUGAUUCUGGAGACCUCACCUCUACAAAGAGUCUGUCCAAAGAGAAGAUGAAGAGGUUUUUAGCCAGGCAAAAGUGGAAGAAAGCUGGAAAGGCCAUGCUCGCCCUAAAGAGAAUGACUCUGUUGUCUAAAAGUGACAGCUGUGUGUCUCCAACAACCCCUGGAGAGGUCUCACUCAUGAGCCCCGAAGCAAAGUGCGCUCUACAGUCUUUGGAACUUAAGAUGCAGGGUCCACCUGUGUUCACGCAGAAGUUGGAAGAUCAGACUGUAACUCAGGGCUCUUCUGCCCGUCUGUCCUGUAACCUCACAGGAUAUCCUGACCCAGAGGUGGUGUGGCUGUGUGGAGAUGAACCUCUGGAGGAGUCCUCCGCUGUGCAGAUAGAAUACGAUGAAGAUGGAUGCUGUGCACUGAUUUUAACAGACGUUUGCAUGCAAGACACCAAUGUUUACACCUGUAGAGCCACCAACGACCACGGGGAAACCUACUGCUCUGCAAAACUGACUGUUCAAAAGUAAAUGCAUCUCAUCUAAACAUGCAGAGAGGAUUUCUGUGGAAGAUGUGUGUGUUUUGCAUUGUACAUUGUUGCAGAUGGAGGAGGAUGUUUCUGCUCUGACUUAUACCUAAAUAUUGGCUUUAACACAAAGUUUUAGGUGGAACUGUGAAGCUUUCUGUGCAGCUACAACUUUGAAUAAUUUCACACAUUUUCUUUUCUAAGAAAUUUGGUUUUCAAAUCAUCACUAUUUUAUCUAGAGAAUAAAGUUAUUGAAUAGAAAAUCCUGUGUUUUGUAUAUAAACUGUUUUAAUAAUCUAAAACUCGAAUAAAAUGUAUCUUGUUUGUUUUUUUGUUUAUUAAACCUAAAAUUAGUCUUA